CGUUGCUAGGCAACGGGAGGGGCGCCUGCGCGGCUGCAGGGAGGCCGCCCCUCCCGCCCCGGCCCUGGGGGGGAGGUCGAGGAGUCUGCCCGGCUGCGGGAUCGCUCUGCUGCUCAGAAUGACGACCUCCCCGGUGUCCUCACUUACUUCGCCUGAAAGCAACGCGUCAGGAAUCCUCCAUCCAGAAACACAUCUGGGGAGAUUUUUAAAUCCAAACACGUUAAAAAUCCUUGAAAGAGAACUGGCUGCUACCGUGAUCCAAAGAGCCUGGUGGUCUUACCGGGAUCAAUCCUUGUUUCAGCUCUUAAAACAUACGAUCUGUGCCGCGGAGCACUGUGUGACCCAGGAAAUAUUGAAGAAAGUGAGUCCUUUGGAGGCUGACCUCGUCAAAGAUCCCAGCAUGCGGUGUAAGGUCAGAUUCAGAUUUGGCGGGGAGAAUUUUCCACCGUUCAUCGUCUUCAAAAUUUUCCGUCACCCGGGAGGCUGCGGAAGCAAGUACAUCAGUGGGAAGAAAACGUUUCGGCCGACGAGUGAGGCUAUGGUCGAUGCUCGCAGACUGAUGGGAAACAGGAAAUAUUAUAAUCAAAUGAUUCAGGAUCAACUUCAGUACCAGAAACAUAAAAUCGCCGACGAAAUAGACGUGGUGACUCUGAAAGAUCACAUGCGAUACGUCAGUUACCUGGACGAGACGCCGGCGCACCUCGGGGGCAGGAACAACUGCUGGAGGAGGCUGUCGCUGGAAAACUUCCCCCGGGCGACGAUCAUGUACGACAUCAUGAACUACGCGCAGUCGGGGAGCAUUUCCGGGCGCCUACAAAAGGAACUCAGGUUUCUGCUCCAGAGGCCAAGCGAUGAGGAGAUGAAGCGACACCAGGCCGCCCUUGUCGCUCAAAUCAGGUGCUCUUCCCCUUCUUCGAGCACCUCUUUCUCCCCACGAUACCGUCAAGGAGCGGAAUCCCCCCGACCCCUGGGCCGCCGGUCCAGACGAGCCCGACAGAAGGUCGCGAAGAUGAAGAGAGCUUUUAGGCGGGACCAGGAGAGACGGCAAAAGCCUAUUCCCCAUCCAAAGUCGCCGACUGCGGAACGCCGUCCGGUCGCCCGUCCGGCUUCGGGCGCCAGGAGGGUCCAGACCGCCCCGUCGGACGACGACUGGGAACAAGAGGUCACGGAACUGUACGCCUGGUCCCAGGGGCUGCGUCUCGAAGACGCCGCGACCCCGUAGCCCGGCGCCAAUCGGGGCGGAGAUCCAUUCAUCGUCCACCCCUCCUGGGGGCUUCAGAUGAGCGUGCGACAAGCGGCCCGCCAGCAAGGACGCCGAGUCUCCUCCCGACCCGACGCGAACGAGCCAUGAACCGUCCCGAUCCUCAUCCCGAAUGCCGUUGGACACAGACGCCCUGUCAGGAUUCAAAUCUGAACCAAUAACAAAUCCAAAGACCAGAACCCGGAACGAGCGUCUCAGUCCUCGGGUUACAGAGCGACUCUCUCUGUGGUCUUUCAUUCUACUGAGCCCUCCUCUUAUUUUUCUCUAAACAGCCGACCGGGUGGAAAAAGAGAAUCCAACUUGAGCCAGCCCACCGAGGUCUCCCUUUCGGCCCGAGCGUCGUCGUCUCCGUCCAGCUUGGGACGGGCCGGUUCUGAACGACGACGAGGGGAAACGGGAGAACGCUUGCGUCGGGAGAGAAGAGCGUCUCGGCAAGGUAACGACUCUCCACGGUCGCUCCGCCCGAACCGGACGAGACAUCUCCUGGCCGCCUUGCCGGAACGAGCCCGCGGACGGUUUCGAGCCGGCAUUUUCAACUCGAUGUCACCCGGGUCGGGGAUGGGCCGACGGCCGGGCGGCAGGGACCGGUCGCGGAAUCCUUUGCAACUGUCAUCGGUCGGGAAAUAGCAAAUAAAAAUCAGACGGGGGUCAUCGACUACCCUUCCGCCGGGA